GCUUCAGGCUGCAGGGCUCCGGGUCGACCAGGAGGAGGCGCUCUGACAGACAAGACUCGGUUAAAACCACAGAAGAAGAAGAAAGGAAGAGAAACGGCCGCAGACAUGGCAGAGUUCGGUCCAACCGGCCUGCUCGCGGUUCUGCUGCUCUUCACKGCCCUCACGCUGCGGGACGUUUACGUCGGCAGGUCGAACCCGCGGCCCGGUUCGUCCUCGGACACGGAGCCGAACCUCGAGCCGGUUACCGAGCCCGGGAAAGCAGCCAAGGCCGCGCUGUACACCGGGCCGGUCCUCCGGUUCCGAUACUGCAUCUCCUGAGGUUACAGCAAAGUCUUCCAGGAAUAUUCCCACGCCAUCAGCCAGGUGUAUCCGGAUAUUCGCAUCCAGGGAGAAAACUACCCCCCAACCCCCUUCAACAGRUACAUGGGUAACCUGAUCUCCUACCUGAAGCUGCUCUCCAUCCUCCUCAUCGUCAGCGGCCAGAACCCCUUCCCCCUCCUGGGCCACACCACCCCCGCAGCCUGGACCUGGACCCAGAACAACAAGAUCUUCUCGUGUCUGAUGGCGUUCUUCGUCUGUAACAUGAUGGAAACCCACUUCCUGUCCACGGGAGCCUUCGAGGUCACGCUGAACGAUGUUCCCGUUUGGUCGAAGCUGCAGUCCGGUUACGUCCCAAACAUCCAGGAGAUGUUCCAGAUCCUCGACACGCACCUGAAGAUGAACCAGGUGGAUCAGAGAAGCUUCAGCUCUACUUAAAGCUGCGGCGCAGGUAAACACGCGCACAGCUGUGCUGCGUUCAGGUGUCCUGGCUCAGUGGGACGUUCAGCUUCUGGCGUUUAUGAAGGCGCAGCCUCAAAGCAGACUCUGCCGGGCCGUGCCGGAUGUCCCCGCCUACAGCCCAGAACUCCCAUGAUGCACCGGGGCRCCACGCAGCGCCGAGGCCGAAACGCAAACUCAACUGGAUGUUUACUUCCUGUUUGUAUUUAAAAGGCACUGAUCCACCUGAACAUGUCCGACCCGGUUCUGGUUCUCUCUGGUUUUUUUUUAUUUAUUAUUUCUGCUUUURUUGUGAAAACAGGAAACUGAUGAUGACAGAAUAAAUAGUUACUGAUUAGAAAUGGAUUUAUUUGUAAUUAAUUUUUGAUCAGCUGCUGAUUUUAGAUUCUUGAUUUGUUUUGAUUUUACUCUAAAUAAAAUCUGAACGUUGAGGAAAAGGU